AUGAUGACUGAACAGUUUGUCAAGGUGAACGGGGCAAGGCUCGCUUACUUCACCAAAGGGGAAGGUCCUCUGGUGAUUACUUUGCACGGAGGCCGUGGAUUUGGGAGUAAAUCAGGUGAUUUCGAGGUGUACUCCAAACUAGCAGAUUACGGUUACAAAGUGGUCAGCUUCGACUUCCGAGGCCACGGGCACUCCUCGUUCACUCCUCCCUUUACGUUUGCACAGAUUGUGGACGACAUCGAGGCCGUGAGAGAGCAUUUCGUGGGCAAAGAGGGCAAGGUUAUAGUCAUAGGCGGGAGCUUUGGCGGGUUCCUAGCCCAGCAGUACGCAAUUACGUAUCCCUCCACGCUCAGUUAUCUUGUUCUCCGCGGGACGGCAGCUUCUCACCACCACGAGUCUGAGGCUUUCGAGGUGCUCCGCGAGCGGUUGCCUCAGCACCCGUGUGUUUCGCUUGAUAUGCUGAAAAAAGUGUUCGGCCGAUUUGAGAGCGACCUCGAGAUGCAACUGGUUAUGUUUGCAUUGGGCCCAUUGUACUCAGAGUCGUAUAAUCCAGAUGUGGGACUAACGGCAUGCCUAAACACCGUUUAUCGGGCUCAGAGCCACAACGAUUUAUAUGCAGAGUCGGAGAAAUAUUUUGACUACAGAGACAAGCUUCUAUUGUUGCAAACUCCGACACUCGUGAUUGUCGGAGAAAAGGACUGGAUUUGCCCGCCCUCGCAAAGCAAGAUCAUUUGCAGCCUCAUUCCAAACUCCAAGCUGGUUGUGGUCCCCAACGCGAACCACAGCGUGCACCGGGAGAAACCGCAACAAGUUAUCGCUGAAAUAUUAAGUUUCAUAUCGAGUAAAUAA